AUGAGGACAUAUACAACUUCUGGGUGGCGAACGCAAAUCCGGCACCUCUUCAUCCCCACAAAUCAACAAUCGUGCAAUUGUGACUUGGCGCACACUCACCAAGUUGUUCACACUACGCUGUUAGUGGCGGUUGCCUUAACGUCCGACACCGUGUCCGGCCAUGGAUUUCUUACACAGCCGUUGGCCAUCAUGAUCGCCCCAGACGUUGACAGGUCUGCAUACUCAUCCUCGAUAGACGCCAACAAGUUGUUUCCUGGUGGAACCUUUAGCACGGAUCCGCUAAUUAACGUUGAGUCUUUUAAAGAAAAGUUUAAAAGUUCCAAGUACAAGAGCUUCAAAGAAAUGAUCAUGGAUAACCAAGUUCUAGUUUCAAAAAGAGCCACCGCCGAUUGUGGUUUCACGACCACGGAAAAGGUAACCUACGGUUCUCUUAACGAUACGAUCUAUUGGGGUCGAGAAUUCGACAUCACAAAAGGUGAGGGCCUUGUGCACGAAGGAGUAUGUGAAUCGUGGUGUGAAAAUGUGCGAGUCCAGCAGGACACGAACUGUAUGGUGACUUACAAGGCUGCAUCGGGCUCAUCGCCAAUACCGAUCGACAAAGCCAAGUGUGCCAGUGCCAAACGUUUGACAUUUUACUGGAUCGCUAUGCACGGUCCAAUCUGGCAGGUUUACAUCAACUGUAUUGGUAUCAACGGUGGAGGAGGAAGCACAGAAUCUGGCUCUUCUGGUGCGCCAUCUAAAACUACUGCGACCCCUUCGAUGUCUACGAGCCCCGCGACGCCAACAACUCCUCCCUCAACACCCGCAGCACCCACAACUUCCGAGACCCCUACAACGCCAGCAGACUCUACGACGCCUGAGACCCCCACGACAGGAAGUAAUGAACCGCCUUCCUCUGCAGACAAUUCCGGUGCUGACCCUCAACCUACUUCAUCUACAACACCGACUCCCAGUUAUUCCGGUACAGUUGGCGACGAGGCUUCAACUCAUGCGAAAUGCGCUCGACGUCGCUAA